GUCACGAGGAGAAAAAAAAAAAAGGACUGAACUGAAAAAACAACAACCUUACGGCGGGAAAAAGAAACAGCGCUCAAAGGAAACCUUCCUAAAAGCAAUCUCUCUAUCUCUCUCUCUCAUUUCAUUUUAUAUGUAAUUCAACUCUCAAAAUUCUUAACCAAAACUCCAGAUUCUCUCCCUGCUUCCUUUCUUCCUUCCGGAGAGAUUUUCUUCAGAAAUUUCCCGGAGAAAGAACGAUUAACAUUCAACCUUUUCUCCACUAACAUUCUCAAUUUCUUCAAUCUUCUCUCCUUGAUUUCGGUAACUGGAUCCGUUGCAGUGGCCUACUUUUUCAAUUUCCAUGCCUGUACAGUACUCCAUUGCGAAACUCGGUCUAGGAUCCUAGAGCCGAGCCCACACAGAUGCAAUUACCAAGCUGACAGUUAAAGGAAGAGAAGCAAGUUGUGAAAACCCCGUUUGAUUCUGUACUAUACAGAGAAUAAUGGAUGAAAUGUAGACUGCCUUAAGUAGAAAUGGAGACUAGCGGCGGAGGAAGCUCCGACGAGGGUCGCCGCAUAUUCAAGGCUGAUACAUGGUUUAGCCAAUUUCGCAAUGGAUCUAAUCCUUGGAUGGCAAGAUAUAUUUAUGCCUUAAUGUUUCUAAUUGCUAAUUUGUUGGCAUGGGCUGUCCGGGAUUAUGGCCGCGGCGCAUUGACAGAGAUGGAAAGAUUAAAAGGAUGUCACGGGGCGCGUGAUUGUCUAGGUGCUGAAGGAGUUCUUCGUGUAAGCUUGGGAUGCUUUAUAUUUUAUUUCACCAUGUUUCUUUCUACAACUGGCACUUCAAAGAUGCGAGGACGUAGAAGUACUUGGCAUUCUGGAUGGUGGUCUGCAAAGAUUAUCUUAUGGGUUGCCUUCAUAAUCAUCCCCUUUGUGCUUCCCGCCACCGUUAUUCGACUAUAUGGGGACGUUGCACAUUUUGGUGCCGGGGUCUUUCUCCUGAUUCAGCUUGUAAGCGUGAUAAGCUUUAUAACAUGGUUGAAUGAUUGUUGCCAAUCCGACAAGCCUGCAGACAGAUGUCAAAUACACAUCAUGUUACUUGCAACAAUGGCAUAUGUGAUCUGUUUAGUGGGAAUCAUUUCAAUGUACAUAUGGUAUGUGCCACAGCCGACUUGUCUUCUCAAUAUUUUUUUCAUUACGUGGACACUGGUUCUACUCCAACUCAUGACCAGCGUUUCUCUCCAUCCAAAAGUGGAUGCUGGCAUCCUGACUCCUGGUUUGAUGGGGCUCUACAUAGUAUUUAUCUGCUGGUGCGCCAUUAGGAGUGAACCAGGAGGAGGAAAGUGUGUUAGAAAUGCAGACUCUUCAAACAAAACCGACUGGCUAACCAUUAUAAGCUUUAUCGUUGCUGUACUUGCAAUGGUUAUAGCAACAUUCUCCACCGGAAUUGACUCCAAAUGUUUCCAGUUCAGGAAGGAUGACAAACAAGACGAAGAAGAUGAUGUCCCAUACGGCUAUGGUUUCUUCCACUUGGUUUUCGCCACCGGAGCAAUGUACUUUGCAAUGCUUUUGAUUGGUUGGAAUACAAAUCACCCCAUUCGAAAGUGGACAAUUGACGUUGGAUGGACAAGCACUUGGGUUAGGAUUGUCAAUGAAUGGCUCGCUGUUUGUGUUUACUUAUGGAUGCUGGUGGCUCCAGUGAUAUGGAAGAACAGGCAAAUGGUUGUAGGAGCUGUAUGAGAAAUCAAACCCCCAAUUCAUUCAAUGCGUGGCUCCAAAAAUUCCUUCCUGAUUGAAUUAUAUUAUAUUAUAUAUAGGAUUUGGAGUCACCCUAUAAAAUUCAAAACAUGUAAUUCCCAAUAGCUUUUUUUUUUUUUUUGAUGAUUUGAUUUGUUCCCUCAAAUAGAAAAGAAAAAUGUGUAGUCUUUUAAAACAUUGCCUCAUUUGUAAAUAUAUAUAUAGUAGCUUAUUAAGCUUAUUAACGAACAGGUGGCUCAACUUAUUAUAAAAUUA